CUUCACUCUGCAACCAUCGGUUAAAAUGUUUCAAUUGUGAUUUGUCCAUUUAAUCCGCGAAAAAAUUAUGUGAAAAACUGAUGAUAAAGUCAUUGGUACGGACACGAGGAAGUCAUUCCGAUGUGAUAAACCCCAACCGUAUUGAUCAGAAUGAUGUCUUUUCUCCAACUUCUCUUGCUGGGGUUCAUCCCGGUAGUACUUGGGGGCUACGUGCCACCAGGACCACGAUAUACCUGCCCCAAGGAGCCGAUCUACAUUUAUCCAUGUACCUGUCAACGAGGAACCGAUCAAGGAUUGUACAUAAGAUGUGAAAAUACCAAUUUGGCCAGUUUGAGUCUGGCCUUUGUUAAUUUAGGUAACGAACCAGCGCCGAUCGAAGAAUUAACGAUCUACAAGAGUGACAUAGUCAGAUGGUAUGGACCGGCGCUCUAUCCUCUGGACGUCCGCGUUUUGAGAAUCAUCGAUACCCCAUUGAAAUCGAUUGAAGAGCACAGCUUUUUGGGAGUGAACAGAACACUCCAAGAGCUCCAGCUCGUUGGCAGUCGAUUGGAAAAAUUUCCGCGAGAGGCUUUCCAAAUACUGGGAAAUCUCUCGGAGUUGAUUAUUUCGGGACACAAUCUAGCGGCUCUCCCUGGGAAUGGCUUCAGUGGAAGUCUAGCAGCUGUCAAGCUAGAGAGAUUAGAAAUAAGCAAUGGGACAUUGUCAUCGUUGCCGACAGACGCUCUGACACCCUUGAAAAAGCUGAAGUCCCUUGAUCUUCAUGGGAACCGAAUUGAAGAACUAAAGCGCAACCAGUUCAAAGGCCUCAGGGACACUGAAUUCCUGGAUCUCUCUGAUAAUCUAAUCAGCAAACUAGACCCGUCCCAUCUGGCUGAUUUAACCAAGAUGGGAUGGUGCAAUUUAUCUCGAAAUUCAAUUGGCGAGCUCAAGCGAGGAACUUUCGCCCGAAAUUCAGUGUUGAAAGUGUUGAAUCUCAGUCACAACAAUAUCAGAAAAUUGGAUUCAAAUACCUUUAGGGGUAUGCGAUUCCUGAGAAGAUUAUUCCUGAGUAAUAAUCAGAUUAAUGACGUCGGCAGAGGCACAUUCGGCUCUGUCACGAGAAUCGGUACCAUCGAUCUAGCGAGAAAUCACAUAAAAAAAAUUGAUUUCCAAAUGUUCAAUCAACUACAAUACGCGGAACUCCUAGACGUCUCGGAAAAUGCCGUAACUAUUAUCGAGAAAUUAGCCUUCAAGGAUCUAUUUCUAGCGCGUGUUAAUCUCUCUCACAACGAGAUAUCGAAGAUUGAAGCCGGCGCCUUUGAGAAUUGCGCCAACAUAACAGUUCUCGAUCUCAGUUACAAUAAACUCGACAACAUCUCGAAAUAUGCAUUUGAUAGCUCAACAUAUGCAACUGAAUUGCAGCUGAGCUAUAACUUAUUAACGGCACUAAAUCAGGUCCCUUUGCACAACAUGACUGGUCUGAAAGUGCUGAAUGUCACGCACAAUAAUAUCCAAUCAGUUCCAAGACAGACUUUUCCAAAACUAUAUGAACUCCACACGAUUGAUCUGGCAUACAACAACUUAUCGGAGAUUCAUAACGGAAUAUUCCAGACUCUCUUCAGCUUGCGAUUUCUCAAUUUAUCCCACAACUCUUUGGAGAAGAUCAGACCAUCAACAUUCGGUCCCCUGACAACGCUGCUGCACCUCGACCUGAGCCACAACCGAUUGACGGACGUAGCCCGAGGCAGUCUUGCUCGUCUCUCAAGUUGCCAAACUCUCACUGUAAAAAAUAACAAGCUCAACAAAAUUUUCCAAUUGCCAAUACCCCUGGGCCACCUGGACUUCUCCGAGAAUGAGCUGGAGGAAAUUCCAACGAUUGAUGUCUGGCCCUCCAUGAAUGCAUUACUAUCUCUGGAUCUCUCGAUGAAUCGCUUGGGCGAUAGCCUCCAACAUGGAAGCUUUCAACCUCUAUUAACUCUGAGAACUCUAAAUCUUCGGGGGAACAAUAUUACAUUGCCCCCUUGGGCAGCACUGAGCACUCUAACCAGUCUUCAAUAUCUCUACAUGCAAGAUAAUCACUUAACGAGUCUCGGUAAAUCAGCAUUUGGUCUUCUACCAAUCGUAUUCGAGCUCAACUUAGCCAACAAUAACAUCAAGAAUCUCAGUGGAAGAGCAUUUGAGGGACUCCUUCAGCUGCUCACGCUUAAUUUGACUAACAAUGACAUUCGAUAUAUUCCCAACGGUGCAUUUCAGGGUCUCGUGUCCUUGAGAACCUUAGACCUGUCCCACAACCAUAUAGAGAAGUUGGAUAACAAGACACACGGAUUGUUGGACGAUUGUUUAUCUCUCGAGCGUAUCAAUCUCAGUCACAACAAAUUUUCAUUCAUCACCAGAAAAACAUUUCCCAAUGAUCCUUAUAUACCUUAUAGGCUCAAGGAAGUUGAUUUGUCGUACAACUCCAUGCCGGUGUUGACGUAUGAUAUAACGAUUGGUACGAAAAAAGUUGGCUAUAUGAAUCUCAGUCACAACAAUAUCAACGAAAUCCGAAGGCAUGUAAUCGGUAAUAUGACGGCAGUUCACACGCUCGAUCUGUCCCACAAUGAUCUCACCGAUAUUUUCGAGAAAGAUGUAUUCACACCACCGGAAAAUCUCACAAAUCUUUACCUCGGAAACAAUCACUUCACUAGUCUACCCGUUAAAAAAUUUCUACCAAUGGAUAAGCUCAAGCUCUUAGACGUUCAAACUAAUGACUUAUCCGAUUUCGAUCUGGACUUCAUGAUGCUCAUCACUAAUAAUACGGAAGUGAGAUACGAAGGGAAUCCCUUGAAAUGCGACUGCCACGCGAGACCCAUCAAGAGAUGGAUCGCAACACUAACAGAAGUCCCCAGUCAUUGGAGAAAUGUUGUUUGUGCAAGUCCCGAUUAUAUUGCCGGAAAAGCUCUUCAAAACGUAACUGAAGAGUUGAUGGUUUGCGAGGAGAAUGAGAUUGCGGAAAAUACAGAUUUAGAGAUAACACCUGACGUUAAAUUCCGACACAUUGAAUACGAUGAAGACGACAACUCUUGGAAAAUAACGUGGUACGUGACAUCGCGUGGUGAUAUCGGCGAUUUUUACCUAGUGGUACGUGAACCAGGAGGAAGUAAACCGAUAAUUGAGAAAGACAUUGUGUACAAAGAGAGAUCCUACAAGAUACAAGACAUACCGGAAUCACAAGCUGAGUAUGAACUGUGUGUACUAGCACGAGACUCCAUCGGCAAUGUCAAACACUUCAGAAAUUCUCAGUGUCAGGUACUAAAUAAACAGCCAGUCAAAUCCUCAACGACAUCGAUAUCAUGCUCAAACGUUGGCGCAAUACUGGCUACAAUUUUUAUAGUUGCUGUGAUGUAAAUACAAGAUGUAUAAUUAUUGUUACGAACCAUUGAAAUUUAUGUAAAUAAUUUAUGUUGUAGUUUGUUGAAUAAAGAGUCGGUAAAAC